AAUGGGCGGACGUGUUCCCCCCUGGCCCCACCUGCCACCACACAGAGUACUUCCUCACCUUCGACGAGCUCAAGAGGAGUGGCGUCCCCUUCCCCCCCAAUCGCCACACUGCAAGCUCCCACCACUCCCCCUCCAUCCCUGUGCCGACUCCCGAGCGUGCAGCAGCCAGUCACGGCGUGCCACCUGGCGGCCUCCCCCCGCACCUGCAUCCCCAUGCCAACCACUCCACCCCUCCUCAACUCUACAACUCACCCACCUACGGCAGCCCCGUUGGGGGGGGAUACAGUCCGGGUAACCCUGCUGCUGCUGCUUAUAACGGAGCUGCUUAUAACGGGGCAGCUUAUAACGGAGCUGGUUAUGAUGGUGCGCGGUCUCCUCUUGGAGGUCCCAGGUCGUUACCACCGCAGCCACAGCCCCCUCCCUUGCAUUAUCAGCAGCCGCAGGCACAGGCACAGCAGCAGCAGAGUGGGAGUGGGUCACAGAACGGGACGAGUGCCAAGCCUAUGAGCCGCACAGACAUCACCAUGGGGUUGAACUCCGUAGAGGUGCUAUCCGACCUGCUCUCAGCCGCUCCCAUCCAAGGACAACCUCUGGCAGACAUCACCACGGGGUUGAACUCGGUGGAGGUGUUAUCUGACCUGCUCUCAGCCGCACCCAAGGACAACCCUGGCUCUGUGUUGGGGGACGAGUUGGUGCAGCAGCUGGUGGGGGAGUGCCGGGGGCUAGAGGGGCGUCUAGCAGCCACGAUCAACUCCACCAGCAAGCCCAUUUCCCCUUUUCCCAUGCAUCUGCUGCGCUUCGCCGUCGUUCUCAACGACGAGGUGCAGGCAGUCAUGAAGAGGCAUCCUGGGCAUUCACAUCUCUCCUCCCACAACCAUCCCCCCUGCCCUAUCCCCUGCUUUCCCAGUGACGAGCACCUGCUCCGUUCUGCCCUGGCUCUCAACGACGAGGUGCAGGCAGUCAUGAAGCGCCACAGCCAGCUGCAGAAAUCCUCUCCUGCCGCUGCUAGUGCUGGUGGUGGUGGUGCAUCUGCUCCUGGCUCGGCUGCAGCAGCAGGGGCAGCAGCAGCAGCAGGGGGAGUGCAGUGGGCGCAGUACGAUGGGGAGGGAGACACUGACAGCGAGCCGACCAUUCAGCUCGACAGGCGCGGCUUCUCCCCCAACCUUGCCCCGUCCCUUCUCCCCCCUCCCCCACCCACCUGCAGUGCGCCAUCUUCCUUCCCCAUCCGCCCCUCAGCUUCCCCCACACCCUCCUACUCUGCGCCAUCUGCCUUCUCCAUCCGCCCCUCAGCUUCCCCCACCUUCUCCCCGAGCGCCCCCCCCGCCUCCCCCCUGCUCCCCCUUCCCCCUGACUGGAAACGCUCCUCCACGCCUCAUGCCCCCUCUGCCCCCACUGCCCCUGCUUCUUCUGCUGGUUCUUCUGCUAGUGGUGCUGGUGGUUCUGUUGGUGCUGACACUGGGUCAGCAGGAGAAUCUGCAGCAUCAGGAGCAGCAGCAGGAGGAGAAGGGGGAGCAGCAGGAGGAGCAGCAGCAGGGGCAGGAGCAGCACCCCCCUAUUCGCUUCCACCAUACGGCUCAGCCCCUGAUCUGCCAGCCAUGACCGCCCACAUGUCUCACUUGAACCUCGCCCAACCCUCACCCAACGCACAUCCCCACACACAUUCCGAACCUGCCUCCCGGGACGUGUCUCCCUUCCCUGCCCAAGCCUGGGGAACAGGUUCGGCUGCUGCUGCCAUUCCUGCUGCUCCCGCUGCUCCUGUUUAUCGCUCAGCCACUGAUAUGCUUCUUGCUGAGCUGUCGCCGUCCAAUCCGUUUGCGCCAGGCGUGCAAGCAGCCACAGCUGGAGGAGAAGGACAAGGGGGAGGAGCAGGAGCAUCUGUUUCCGCAGGAGCAGAGUCAGCACUACCACCAGCAGCGGCUCGUGCAUUAGACUUUGGCUCUAGCACUGCACCCAACCCCUUUGGACCCGUUCCUCCCUCUUUCACCACCGAGCCUUCCCCAUUCGAUUCCGAGCCUUCCUUUCAAGCCCUUCCAAAUUCAGGCCACUCCUCUACCGCCCCUUCCCCUGCUCCAUCUCCAUACAAUCCCCAAUCCACACACCUCCCUUCUCCCCAGACCUACCCGUCUCCAUACACUCACACCACGUUACAGUCACAGCCCCCUUCCACCUCCUCCACUCCUGCUGCUGCGCUAGGCUCUGGGUUUGGCUCUGCCCCCGGAUCUGCCCCGCCCCGCCUCUCCAAUUCCCUUCCUUCUCACUCACCCACUGACCCCUUUGGUGGUUCCGGCUCUGGUGCUGCCGGUUUAGGUGCUGGCGGGCGAGGUUUUACUGGUGCAGGCUCAUCUGGGUUCCCCGCUUCUGCUUCUCAUCCUCCCUCUACUGCCCCGAGCUACCAGUCAUCCCAUCCUGGUCAGAUGUACCCAACCCAUUAUGACCCGAAUCAGCAAUCCUGGCAGCAGCAACUCACACAACAGCAGCAGCAGCAGCAGCAGCAGCAGCAGCAGCAGCAGCAGCAGCAGCAGCAGCAGCAGCAGCAGCAGCAGCAGCAGCAGCAGCAGCAGCAGCAGCAGCAGCAGCAGCAGCAGCAGCAGCAGCAGCAGCAGCAGCAGCAGCAGCAGCAGCAGCAGCAGCAGCAGCAGCAGCAGCAGCAGCAGCAGCAGCAGCAGCAGCAGCAGCAGCAGCAGCAGCAGCAGCAGCAGCAGCAGCAGCAGCAGCAGCAGCAGCAGCAGCCGCAGCAGCAACGUAUGGGGAUGGGCAUGGGGAAUUCAUACCCAUCGCUCUCUCCUACCAAGCCUCCUGCAGCUGGUUCGGUGAUGAGCCUCGGCGGUAGCAGUGGGGGCAUGCAGCAUGGCUUUCAGCAGCAGCAGCCACAGCAGCAGCAACAGCAGCAGCAGCAGCAGCAGCAGCAGCAGCAGCAGCAGCAGCAGCAGGCGUUGGGACCGGCAGGAUUGACGAGACAGCAGUUGGCACGGAAUGAAGACCCCAUGCUUACAACAUCCAUGUUUGCAGAUCUGAAAGAUAUCAAUGCGUUUCUAGCUCGGGAUAUCAACUCUGCAAAAACAGGGGCAGCAGUGAGGCGUUAA